AUGGUGUUUUCAAUUAUGUAUUUCCUUACAGUUGUAGGGAAUAUGUUUGUUAUAUCCUUAGUGUGGACCCACCCGUGGCUCCACAGCCCCAUGUAUUUCUUUCUCUGCAAUCUCUCCUUCCUGGAGAUCUGGUACACCACGGCCUGCGCCCCCAAGGCUAUUGGUGUCAUGUUAGGGAAAAGCCAAACAAUUUCCUUCACCGGCUGCAUCCUGCAGCUGUAUUUCAUAUUCUCACUGGGCUCUACAGAAUGUCUCAUACUGGCUGUCAUGGCAUAUGACCGCUAUUUGGCCAUAUGUCAUCCAUUGCGCUAUAGCUCCCUCAUGAACAAUACCGUCUCUGCUCAGCUGGCCCUCAUCUCUUGGCUGUGUGGGUUCCUGGUUAUCUCUGUGUUGGCAUCUCUAAUACCCAGGUUGUCUUUCUGUGGACCUAACAUUAUCAAUCACUUCUUCUGUGACAUUGAUUCCUGGAUAGCACUUUCCUGCACUGACACGAGCCUCGUUGAGCUGGCAACUUUUAUCGUCUCUAUUAAUGUCCUCCUGGGCUCAUGUGCAAUAACUCUAAUCUCGUACAUUUACAUCAUCUCCACCAUCUGUAGAAUCCCCUCAGCCCAAGGCCGGCAAAAGGCCUUUUCCACUUGCUCUGCCCAUCUCACUGUCGUAACUAUCUGGUACGGCUCCACCAUUUUUCUGUAUGUCAAGCCUUCUGCACAGAACUCAUUGGAUUUAAACAAAAUAGUCAACGUCUUUAACACUAUUGUAACUCCUCUAUUAAACCCUUUCAUUUAG